AAAGCAAGCGGCGUUGACGGUAGAAUUGUCAUCUGGCACACGUAGACUCACAGAUAAUAAACACCCGCAUCAAAUCGAUAUGUCUUAAAUCUAUCGCCUUUGUCCACACCGCCUCGUGUUUCUCCCUAGUUCUGUUCUUGUAGUUACUCGAAAGUCCCUUAGAAUAGCUCUUAGUUGUAUAAGCCUCUAGAAGCCUACAGUUCCCCUGGCCGUUGCUAUUAUUGCCGUGCUAUUAAUACCAGUAGAGCUCCAUGCGAUCCGAUUUACUAGUUCCACAUAUUGAUCAUGUUAAAUUCAACGACAUCACCAAGUGACUUUAUUUACCGCAGGGCUCAAGGUUCACUCGUUGCUUCACCUACCCGAGAAGAUCUAGCCAUGGAACCAAGCCCACGUACGAAAGUGACCGGCACCAAGUCCCUACCAGUCACCGCAGCCGAAUGGGAAGUCGUUGAUCCCCAAUUCUUGCCGUUAUCACCUGGGGAGUGUCCAUGUUUCACCCCUCACCCAGAUCUUCGAUAUUUGAAGAGAGAAAAUGGUCAUCAACAACCACCGUACGACAAUAACCAUCCUCCACUAGAGCAAAUAGAAGCGCCGAACAACCGCGCUCCUCUGGCGUAUCCUCAGGAGUCAGCACCGCGCAUCUUCAAGCCUGAGCCAGAUGCGUACUCGCCCCAGGCUACAGACCAGCACCCGUGGCUAUCUCCGCCCUCCGAGCAGAACCCGGAUUUCCCUCUUCCUCCUGCACCCGCCCCAUCGCGCACAGAUGGCCGGACUCUCUCCAUAGCCACGUCCAGCCGCACCGUAAGUAUACCCAGCAGCAGCACGGGACCCAUUAUGAAUAUCUGCGCGACGGCGCGCGCCGUCCACGAUAUAUGCUUGCAAGCAACGAGGACGUAUCUCGACACGCAUAUCGCGAAUCGGCGUGCUCGGGCUGCCAGUCAGGGUUGGUCUAUGGCUUGUCAUGGCAGUGGUAGUGGGAGCAGCAGUAACGGCGCCAGCACGAACAACAGUAGCAACACCGCCAAUAGCAGCAACAAUAAUAAUAACAAUGCCUAUACUCAUGACUCCGCCUCCAGCUCAAAUGCUAUCCCCCCCUCAACUCAGUCCCUCCUGCUCAACACAAGCAGCAUCUGCAGCAUGCUCUGGACCGGAUCGCAACGAGACCGUUUACACGUGCUCAACGUCGAGCGGCUCGCGAUCGAAUCCAUGGGGCGGCUAAUGCACUGGGCGGAAACCGUGGCCCUUAGCAGCGAGGACGAGUGGCGGGUAGCCGACGACCAGGCGUUAUGGCAGGUACUCGACGCGGGGAGGAAUCUGUGCAGCUGGCUGGGAGUCCCGGAUGCGGUGCACGCGAUGGAGGCGCUGGAGGGGGAGGUGUUGGGGGAGUAUGGGGGCUCGUGAAGGGGGAUAGAGGGAUAGGGGGAUGAUGGAGAUGAUAACGUCGUUCCUAAGCGGAAGCAAGGUAAAGCAAUAGCGAGUGAAAACGGCGAGUAGGAAGGUCACGCAAGUGAUGAUGCGAAAUCCUAUAGCUGUACUGAAGAUCAGCACUAGAUAAACCAGCCAGUAAUGGGUAUUUCACGUCGUGGCAAGAGAAUUGCCGUAUCUUACUAUAGCAAGACAGCCUUCAGGAUCGACGGUAUCACUAUCGA